GCUGUCAGAGGGUUACAAUUCAAACGCGAGCGGGUGGACACACUACCCUGCAGUUGCCGUCCAGUCUUCCGAGACCCUGUCUGCCAACACCGUGCGAAUGGCCUCCCAAAACCGCGACCCAGCCGCAGCCAGUGUCGUAGCCGCCCGAAAAGGAGCCGAGCCCAGCGGGGGCGCAGCCCGGGGUUCCGUGGGCAAGAGGCUACAACAGGAGCUGAUGACCCUCAUGAUGUCUGGCGACAAAGGAAUCUCUGCCUUCCCGGAAUCAGACAACCUUUUCAAGUGGAUAGGGACCAUCCACGGAGCAGCUGGUACACCUGCUGCCCCGCCCGCCCGUGCGCCCUCCAUCCGCUGGCCCGAAGCCCCUGCGGCCUCCCUCCUCCCAUCUGUCCGCGGAGCUGCCCACGCCCAGCGCCAGCUGCCGGUGGCCGACCCCCAACCCGCCAAGUUGGCCAGCGCCCCCUUGCACCCGGCAGCCGCUGCCUCCUCGCACCCGAGAAUCCCUGGGCUCCCAGGUCCUCCGGGCGUCGCCUAG